AUGGAAAGUUCACCAACCUGCGCAUCCCCAGAGGUGUCGCCACGACGGCCUUCUACGAAUUCAUCGCCCUCAGGCUGGGGAUUUGGAAAAGACCAAUGCGAUUGCCGCGAGCUCAAGGUACCGAGUCUCAAUGCAGACCUCGAAAAUACGUUCGCCAAUCGCAUGAAAACAUUCGAUGCAAACAAAGGUCACAGCAACGUGGCAGUGCUUUUGCUAAGCUGGGAGGACACGGAUCUACGCCUUUUGGACGAUGAGUUAGAUCGCUUGGAGAAAGUUUUUCGAGAGGUUUACAACUAUACUGUUGAGAGAGCCUUGAUCCCCAAGGAUAUCGACGAUGCUGCCUUCGAGACCAUACGUCUGGUGGCAAAUUUUAUUGCUCAGCACAACUCUUCGGGAAGUCUGGUGCUGAUCUAUUAUGCCGGCCACGGCAUGAAGCGGCAAGAUGAUGAAUUUCGCAUGGCGAGAACAACCAACGACGAUCCGGAUAUCUGUCUUCAACGUCGAACAAAGAAGAAUACCAUUGUCUGGAAUGAAGUCGAGAAGGUUGUGUUAAAGACAAAGCCCGACCUAUUAAUCAUCUUUGAUUGCUGUCAAUCCGGAGCUUUGACACAGUCGACAUCUCGCAAUGUUCAGUCGGAGAGGAUAAUCGAGUUCAUCGCAUCUUGUAUGCCCGAUGAUGUCGCUCGUGGCCCCGGAGAUGACUCCUUCACAUCUGCACUUAUUUCUGCACUACACUCACUCUCGAAGCAACGGCUGGAAGGAUUCACCGUAGGUGAACUCAUGCAGCAUAUCGAGGAGUCUGAACAUUUUCGAGAUUUCAACCAGAUACCGAAAGCCGGGUUCAGAGGCACACACCAGGCUUCUCAGAGACUCAGACUAAAGCCACUCGUUCAACCCUCCGCCAGGCCACCGCCUACUGUCCAGCAGUCAUCAGACGGUGGAAGCGAAGUUGUUACGCAGUGUCAAUAUGUUCUUCGAUUGAACCUCGAGUUAAGUGAGCUUCCAUCAGAUGACCAUGUUGUUGAACUUGCUGAAGACAUGGCGCAACUGAUGAGGUCAAGCUCGGCUCCGGUCGUGAAUAUCUCUUGGGGUUUAUUAGGAACGAGAUUUCAACAUAUCAUGCUCAGGAGGUGGCAUGAAGUUGUGACCGUUGCGGUCCGACAGAAUCAACACAAGUUCGCAUCUAGCACGCCUCAUCUCAAGGUGCCGGUCCACUCAAGAUCAUCUCCGUCCAGCGACCUGAAUCUCCAAGCGUCCGAGAAUGGUGCUGCAGAUCUUCAGCGGGCAGCCUUCAGCUUUGCGUCUCGUUCAGCAAGCAUCGCGGCAAGCCAAAGGUGGAUGGGAGUGGCUCCUGUUCUAACUCUGGCUUUUCUCGCGUGUUGGUCCCUGCACUGGAGACGUGCAGCACGGGUAGAUUGGUGGUUCUUCUGA